UCUCCAAUCAUUCAUUCCUUUUUGCUUUUCAUACAUAAUCAUAUAUGUUUUGAUUUGAUUAAUGUGUAUUCGUUUUUUUGGAUUUGCAGGAUCUGACAAGAAGAUUAAGAUCGGAAUCAACGGAUUUGGAAGAAUCGGUCGUUUAGUUGCUAGAGUUGCACUUCAGAGAGAUGAUGUUGAGCUUGUUGCUGUUAACGAUCCUUUUAUCUCCACUGACUACAUGACAUACAUGUUCAAGUACGACAGUGUUCAUGGCCAAUGGAAGCAUAAUGAACUUAAGAUCAAGGAUGAGAAGACCCUUCUCUUCGGUGAGGCCCCAGUCGCUGUUUUCGGCUUCAGGAACCCAGAAGAAAUCCCAUGGGGUUCAGUCGGAGCCGACUUUGUGGUGGAAUCCACUGGAGUCUUCACAGACAAGGACAAGGCUGCUGCUCACUUAAAGGGAGGUGCAAAGAAGGUCAUCAUCUCUGCUCCUAGCAAGGAUGCUCCCAUGUUUGUCGUUGGUGUCAACGAGAAGGAAUACAAACCCGAGCUUAACAUUGUUUCAAAUGCUAGCUGCACAACCAACUGCCUUGCUCCUUUGGCCAAGGUUAUCAAUGACAGGUUUGGUAUUGUUGAGGGUCUUAUGACCACAGUUCAUUCCAUUACUGCCACUCAAAAGACCGUUGAUGGUCCAUCAUCGAAGGACUGGAGAGGUGGAAGAGCUGCUUCUUUCAACAUUAUUCCCAGCAGCACCGGAGCUGCCAAGGCUGUUGGCAAAGUGUUGCCAGUUCUUAACGGCAAAUUGACUGGAAUGUCCUUCCGUGUACCAACCGUAGAUGUCUCAGUUGUUGACUUGACUGUGAGACUUGAGAAGAAGGCUACUUACGAGCAGAUCAAGGCUGCUAUUAAAGAGGAAUCAGAAGGCAAGCUGAAGGGUAUUUUGGGAUACAUCGAAGAAGAUGUUGUAUCCACAGAUUUCAUCGGUGACAGCAGAUCAAGCAUCUUCGAUGCCAAGGCUGGGAUUGCUUUGAACGACAACUUUGUGAAACUUGUCUCGUGGUAUGACAACGAAUGGGGAUACAGCUCCCGUGUUGUUGACUUGAUUUGCCACAUUGCAUCCGUGGAAGCCUAAAUGGAUGGUCCUUGAGACGAAGGCUUGGGUUGCGAUUUUUUGGUUAUGUUUUUGAGUUGGAAUAACCGGAAUCUGUUGUACAAGGUUUUGGGAUACUACUAGUUCUUGGAAUAACGUUUGGUACAUGUUGUAAUGUUCCAAGUCUAAUGAUGUAGUAGUAUUAUAGUAAGGCUCUUUUUCGCUAGGAAAACAUUGUCUGCUUCCUUUUGUUUAGUAAAAAACCCUUCUUCAUUGUAUUCAAUUUCACAACAAAUUAUAGCUUUGUUCCAUCC